CCACCCGAGCCCGGAUCACAAGCUCAAAUCAGCUGGAGGUGAACCUCUCAAGCACGUGUAUCGAUGAGGCAUUGAUCUCAACGUCUAGAGUCGUACUGGCUCACCUUCCUGGUUGACCACGCUCCACGGGCACCUCCUAUACCCAUAGCAAGAUGGCCUCCUACGCUUUGCCAACUCCUCCGCUCCCGCAUAGUCAUAACCAUGGCCACACACAAUCCUUGGGUCAAUCGCAAUCCUUUGGACACUCGAGACGAUCGGCUGGCAUUCAUUCGCACAGCCAAAGCUUGGGAGUCCCUAGCCACAGCCGCAGUCCGAGCCACGACCACGAAGUAGAAGGGCACGCACAGCAAAACCUGUCCAAUUACCGAGCCAACUCGUACCUACCGCUACAGAAGAGGGAGAACCGGCCUUCACCGUUGUCUAGGCACGGCGACGCAUUGUCUCCCGUCGAAGACAUGUCGCCAAUGACCCCAAAGACCCUCAACCACGACAACUAUUUCGAGACGAACGGUGGACCUGUCCCGCAUUCUCACGAUCAUCAUGACCACGGGCAUGACCAUGGCCAGUCAAUAUGCGGACACGAUCACCAUGACGGUGAUCAUCAAGGGCACAACCACCAUGCACACGAUGACGAGCACCAACACACGCACGAUCACGAUCAUGGGCAUAGCCACGGCCACGGCCAUGUUCACGCACAUUCGAACAAAUACUCUAAACUGACAGGUCUACUGCUUCCGUACACAUCGCGCUACCCUCUUUUACAUUCGGUCAUGACGGAGAAGGACUCCCGGCGCAUUUUCUAUUUCAUGGUGCUGAAUUUCUCUUUUAUGGCGGUUCAGGCCUUCUAUGGAUACGUUACGGAUUCCUUAGGCUUGCUGAGCGACAGUAUACACAUGUUCUUUGAUUGUGUAGCAUUGGCAGUUGGGCUAUUCGCUGCUGUGAUGGCUAAAUGGCCACCUAGCCAGCGGUUUCCGUAUGGGUUCGGAAAGAUAGAAACAUUGAGCGGCUUUGCCAAUGGAAUAUUCUUGAUAUUGAUAAGCGUCGAGAUCAUGUUCGAGGGUUUUGAGAGGCUACUAGAGGGCAGAGAGACGAAAAGGCUCUUGGAUCUCUUCGUUGUUAGCACGUUGGGAUUAAUUGUCAAUUUGUUGGGCAUAUUCGCCUUUGGAUCUCAUGACCACGGCCAUCAUGGGCACGACCAUGGACACGACCAUGGACACGAUCACGCACACGGCCAUGGCCAUUCUCAUGGAAAUGACAACAUGCACGGUAUUUACCUGCACAUCCUUGCCGACACACUAGGAAGCGCCUCGGUCAUUUUGUCAACAGUUCUGACAUAUCUCAUCCCAUGGUCGGGCUGGGAUCCCCUGGCGUCGUUUCUGAUUGCAUACCUGAUCGCUAUCACAGCGGUGCCGUUGGUCAAGUCGUCGGCCCAUCGGUUGCUUCUGGUCAAUCCCGACGAUACCGAGUACACGCUUCGAAACACUUUGACGGGAAUCAACGAAGUGCGCGGUGUGACUGCAUAUUCCGUACCUAAGUUUUGGGCCGACGACAGGACCGGGCAUGCGGCUCAUGGCAGUCUGAUAGGUGUCAUGCACGUGGCGGCCAUGCGUGGAGCAGACCUGGAUGAUGUCCGUGAUAACGUACAGAACUACUUGACUGACAAGGGCAUCGAGAUGACUGUCCAGAUGGAGAGAGAAGGCGAUACAUCAUGCUGGUGCGGUAUGGGAAGAAGCAGCCCAAUGACGCCGAAGACACCAGCUUUUCAUUAGUGGAGAAGUUGGGAAAGGCGGAGGAAUGCUGUCACUAUUUGACACUUUCCCAUUGGACAUUGAGCUCGCCGAACCUUGGAGAUGGCGAUUUAAUAGAAAACACGAACGUAUAGACGUUGGCUUGUUGGACGCUUCCGCCUCUACAUGGAGGGUGCAAGUGCUCGUAGUAUAACUUGAUAC